AUGGAUCAUUUCAAAGGAUCCGAAUCCGAAAACCCUAUCACCACAUGCCUUUCCUUGCUCUCCCUCCGCCGUUUUUCUGACUGCCGUGACUUUGCCUGCGGCCUUCCUCCCACCGACAUCGUGGCAAGAGUCCUUGCCAUCGCCAACAUCCUCUCCUCCGCUGACUUCUACUCCAUCCUCCAGCUCCACCGAUCCGACUGCGCCAACCGCGACCUCGCACGGCGGCAGUAUGCGAAGCUGGCACUCCUCCUGGACCCGACGAACCCUGACAAGUUUCCCUUUUCCGACGAGGCCCUUGCACGUGUGCAGGAGGCUUGGCACGUGCUGUCCCGUCCUGAACUCCGCGCCCUCUACGACCGCGAGCAUCCAGUCCCUGAAACUGCAACGUUUUGGAGUGCGUGUCCCUACUGCUGGAACCUCUUUGAGUAUGAGAAGAUGUAUGAGGAUUGCGCGCUGUUGUGUCAGGUUUGCGGGAAAGUGUUCCAGGGCGUGCCAGUGAAACCACCUUCGAUGGUGGGGGAGGCAGUGUUGGAGGGAAAAGAGCUUCGACAGUACUACUCGUGUGACGCGAGUGUGCCCUUGAGGUAUUACGAGGUCAAAGAGGAGAUUAAGAGUAGUAACACAUUUAGUGAGCAAAAUGCUGCAUCCUUUGUGUACAUUUCUGAUGAUGAUGAUAAUGAAGAGUUUGUCACUGAAGGGUUGCAAGAAUAUCCUAAGGGACUAAGGAGAAGGAGGAUGAGGGUAAAAACUGUGGCCAAGAAGGGUGGAAUAAGGAGAAGAUGA